AGCCACGAGUUCAACAACACUGCUCUUUUGCAUCAUGGCCGCCUUGGCGGAGCAAAUAUUGCUGCAGGCUGCCGAAAAAGAGGCCUCCUACAAGCCCGUGGACGUCGUAAAGGACUUGGAUCUCGAGUUCGACCUCGGCAACCUUCUUGGCACAGACCCCAACCCUUUGGAUACCGCCAAGCUCAAGUCACAGUCUCGAGAGGAAUACCUCAAGGAGCUUGCCAGAGAUGACACACAGCUGCUAAUCAACAGACUCUUUCAGUUGCCCACGGAGCGGAGAGAGGACGUCGUCGUUGCUGUGUUGCCUGCAGGGACCACAAGGAUACCCCGGGAGAAACCGGUACCCAAACCCAAGCCUCCAACGAGAUGGUCCGAGUUUGCCAAGCAGAAAGGCAUCAAAUCUCGCAAGCGCGAGAAGCUGGUCUGGGACGAGACCAUCAAGGUGAGGCUGGUUGCUUUGAAGGUUUAA